AUGCUACUGGGUCGGCGCCCGUUUCUGAAAAAGGGCUCGCGUCCGCUGUCGGCGGGUAUGGGCUCGUCCAAGGGCAAGCGGCGGAAGAGGAGAUCCUCACCGCCGUCGUCGCCACCCCAGAACGGGAGACAGGCCUCUCGCUCUCCGCCUCGCUCGCCUCAGCCACGGACCCAGCCGCCAGCUUCACCAGGCAGUGGUCUCGGCUUGUACGACGAUCCGUACGCCGACGACAACGAGCUCUACUUUGCCGACGACGCCCCGAGCGCCGCUGCCGAGGAGAACCAAGCCCGCCGGUACUUUGAUGAUGUGCCCGAAGGUGGGCACAUGGGCGACGAUGAAUGGGCCGAGGCCCGCCGCCGCGAGAAGGAGGAGUUGGACGAGUUUACCGCCCUCGAAGCCGACAUCAUGGCCGAGUCGGAGCGCCAGAUGGCGCAGCGGAGCCAGCUACAGUCGGCGCCUCGGCAACCGGCCCACUACGACCCACCGGCCGCCGCAGCCCACUACGACGACGCCUACGACCGCGCCUCGGCACUCUUUGACGACGACGAGGAGUGGAAUGAGCCCGAGUAUCCGCCUCAGCCGUCACACUCGCCGCCGCGCUCCCGCGAUCCGCCGCACAACCACUCAUCACCCGAGGCCUCGCCGCCGCGCUCCGCGCUGGUCCAGGCCCGUUUCGGCGCCGCUGCUCCGCCACCGCGCGCGCACCCGCACCCAAACCCGCACCAGCACGACGCCGACGAGCCCAUGUCGGCCGAGAUCCGUGAGAAGCUCGAGCUGCUCGAGCUCGAAAUCGCAAACUUCAAGGAGGAGAACCGCAAGAUCCGCGCCGUCCGCUCCGAGAAGGAGCUCGCACUCCAGCGCCUCCGCAUGGACGUCACCGAGUUUGAGAAGCAAAAGGCCGAGGCCGAGGCCGAGUUUGAGGACUACAAGCGUCGCGAGAAGAUGGACUUGGCCCGCCAGCGCGAGCGCCUCGAGAAAAUGCACCGCUCCUUGGCCUCCAUGCCGUCCAAGGCCGACCGCCGCGAGAUUGACGAGCUCAACGAGGCCCUCGCCCAUGCACGCGCCGCCGCGCGCGACCGCGAAGCCAAGCUCAAGUCCGCCCUAGAGCGCACAAAGUCCAAGCUGGAGUCGUCGGAGGCUCGCGUCGCUGACCUCGCUCACCAGGUCCAAGUCAUCUCCGACGAGCGCCUCGACGCCUGGGAUCAGCUCGACGCCAUCAAGUCACAGUCGGCGUCGACAGAUCGCGAGCUGGAGGUCCUCCGCACAAAGGCAACACGCUACUCGCGCGAGCUCAACACCAAGGACGACGAGAUCGCAGAAAAAGUUCGCGAGCUCGACGCCAAAGACGACCUCAUCGCUGACCUUCACGCCAAGGUCCGCGAGCUCGAGGCCCGCCUCCGCCGCUCGACCGCCUCCUCGGCCACCCACCCCCCCUCGCGCUCGUCGCCGCUCGCCGACGACCCACACGACGCCCGCUCGGUCCGCUUCCAGGAUCAGGUCCAGCGCUUUUACUAUACCCCGCCACAGGCUGCGGCCGGCGCCAGCGCCAAGCCCGCCCACACCUCCCCCUCACCCUCGCCCUCACCAACCUCGGCCUCCUCCUCCUCGCCCUACUUUUUCUCAGAGUCUGGCGACGACAUCGACCGUGCGCUCGAGGCCACAACCAAGCCGGCGCACCAGGCCUCACCCGCUGCCCAUCCACCACCACCCGACGCCGACGACGAUGAGCGCCCCGUUGAGGUCAUCCAGCACGACAACGGCAAGGUCGAGGAGGUGUUUGCCUCGGGCUGGCGCCGCGUCCGCUUCCCCAACGGCACCCAGAAGCAGAUUCGCGGCGACCACGUCGUCGUCCUCUUUGGCAACGGUGACAUCCGCGAGUCGUUCCCAGCACCCGACAAGCGCGAGGUCUACUACUACGCCCAGGCCAAGACCCGCCACACCUCGUACGACGACGGCCUGGAGGUCUUUGAGUUUGGUACUACUGGCCAAGUCGAGAAGCACUACCCCUCGGGCAAGAAGGAGAUCAUCUUCCAGGACUCCACCACAAAGACCGUCAUGCCCUCGGGCGAGGAGGUGACUCGCUUCCCGGACGGCACCACCCAGCGCGUCGCCGCAGACGGCGUCCGCACCAUCUCCUUCCCCUCAGGCGACCGCGAGGUCCACGAGAAGGACGGCACAAAGCGGAGAACGUGCGCAGACGGUGUCGUCCGCACCGUCUUCCCAGACGGCCGCCAGGAGACCCGCUACCCGUCCGGCCGCAUCCGCGUCAAGUCGCCCUCGGGUCGCGUCAUUUCAGACUCGCACUGACCUCGCCUGCCGUAAACACAUCAACUGUCC